CAGACGUUAUAGCAUGGACUGCGAUGAUCGCAGUGUUUGCACAGCACGGGCUUGGAGAGGAAGGCUUGCAAAUCCUGGGACUUAUGGACCUCGACGGCACGGCUCCAUCCGAGAGGCAGGACUUCCUAGACGCGGUCUUCUUGCCAACGCUCUUAUGGACAUGUACGGGAGGUGUGGAAGCCUGCAAGACGCAUGGAAGGUCUUCGAAGAAGUCACAGGAAGUUCGCAAGGACAGGAUAUAGUACCGUGGAAUGUGAUGAUCGGAGCUCUCUCCCGGAAUGGACACAGCAGUGAGGCUUUCAGGCUGUUCAAAGCCAUGAACUUGGAAGGUGUGAAGCCGGAAGCGAUCACAGUUGUGAGCGUUUUGGACUUCUGCUCGAUACCAGAUGGGAAGAUGGUCCAUGCGAGCAUCCUCGGGACUGGACUAGAGAAGCAAAUCAGAGUCCAAAACGCUCUCAUCACCAUGUACUCGAAAGGUGGCUGUUUACAAAGAGCGAGAGACGUGUUCAACACCAUCAACAAUCCCAACGUCGUUUCGUGGAGUGCCGUGAUCGCAGCUUAUGCCGAGUGUGCUCGUAGCUCGGAAGCUCUCAAAGUCUUCCAGGAUAUGACCCUCCAAGGUGAGCUUCCCGACUAUAUUACCUUCAUCGCCAUAAUCUCGGCUUGUGCUCACGCAGGCUUGCUCAAAACCGGCAUCGAGUUCUUCGUCGUCAUGAGACAAGAUCACGGUAUAGAGCCCAGUGCCGAUCACUUCAUGUGCAUCGCAGACCUUCUCGGGAGAGUUGGAAAGCUGGAGCUGGCAGAGGACGUGCUCAGUUUUAUGCCGUUUGAGCCAACGCCGGUAGCGUGGACAAGCUUGCUCGGCUGCUGUAAGACCUCAAAUGACUUGGAACGAGCACAGAGAAUAUCUCAAAAGAUUUUUGGGGUGAAAGAAGGUGCUUCUUCGGGACCAUACGUGCUACUUUCAAACGUGACAAAGGCAGUGACAUAAAAUUUUCUCAUUUCCAGACAACUGACAAAGGGGCUGGAGCUGGAGCUGGAGCUGGAGCUUGACGUUUCUGUCUGGGACGACCCCAAAAGGGAGGUGGUAUUGGAGAUGCAACCGGGGAGUGGGACGGAGGUAAAGAGCUACAAGAACGGCAGAGCGCUGAUCUUGAUAUCCAGAAGUCCAUCUCGCGUCGACAAAAUAGCUUACACACAGUUUCUUUCAGGUCCUUGCUGAUACUUUUCUCGACAAACGAACUCUCUAACAUGUUCUCGAUGCCGAAAUUCAUGCAGGUUAGGCAUACCAUGGAGGUGUUACAUUUGUGGCAAAUGCUUUUGAUGCUACAACCGAGGCACUGAGUGUUUGUCAUUGGGUCGGUGCAUUUCUCACAAGUUGUGUUUUCUAGAGGCCUUGGAAUCUCAGCGAAAAGCUCAGAUGUAUCUGGAGACACAGAUAGCGAGAAGAAUGAUCAACGCGGAAGUUUUGUAGAGCACUAACCUGAUCCAUGCGAGAGAUUGGAUAAAGCUUCCCGGAACAAGAGAAUUUAUGGAGCUCCUUGUCUGGGAAAAGUCAUGAUUCAACCGGACAUUUGGACAAAAACUUUGGUUUGGCGCUUCGUGAUCUUCAUCUGUUUUUGACAAUCGUGACAAACUUUUAUGUUCUAGGCUGAGACAGAUUUAAAGUUCUCUCUAAGUGCGCUUGGGCGAUACGAACCGAAGUGAAGGCAAUGCACGGACAAACUAGCGCGGCGAGACGACUGAGACUGAUCGCCACUUGGUCGUGAAGAACAAAGUUGGAAGGAAGAAAGUUUUGCCAGAUUUAUUGCGAAGAAUCAAACUACUACAAACUAUCACUACUGCACAGACAACCAGAUCGAAUCAAACACUAGGCCUAUCUUGGAAACAACACACAGGUCCGUGCUUUUCCUUAUUUCCUCGACUAAACUACGCUGGAUCUAAAAACACUCAGUGGUGUUUAGGCGGGUUCUUCUUCUUUGGCAUUCGCGUCGGCGCCGGGGCCGGAGAAGGCAAUGGAGAUGGCGAUGGCGAUGUUGCCCAGCAGAACUUACACAUCUUGGAUCCCUUGAAGAAGUUGCUGGCACAAAGUUUGGUGCAAAAGUAGCUCUUGGAGAUGUCCAUUCCAUCGGGAUAGACUGGAAGGGUGGUGACUUCCGUCCUACACUCGGUGCACUCGUCGAGGUAGUAUGUAAUGCUUCCUUUGGGGCAUUUCUCCGCGCAGUCCUUCUUUUCGACCUUGGCACUUGUGUAGUGGAUUGGCUUGGCGGCUUGGGCGAUGCCCAGGGCCUCCUUCUUGGCUUCCUCUUGAGGGAUCUCUGUCACCAUGGUUGGAGGUUUUGCUGCGGCUUGCUUCUGUGCAGUGUCACAGAGCGUGCAAAGGAGCUUGUUUUUUGUCGUAGU